GCCCAGGAUAUUGCAGAGCGCACUGGAGCCCUGGCCAGCGCGCCGCCUGCCCCGCGCCGCCCGCAAGCUGGGUCUUGGGAAUUCGGCUUCGCUUUGGCGCCUUCGCUCUUACAAACCACUGGAUCUUACAUGCCUCUGGGCCCCCCCUGCUUCCACUCCAUGUCCCCAUGCUCCUGCGCCAGCAACAGGACCUGCUCUCUGGAUGUCAGCUGAGUUACUAAGGUAACUCUGCAUGUCAGUAGACAGACCUUGGUAGGACCUCAAGGCUCCUGGAGACCCCCCAUCUCUCCUUAUUUAUUUAUUUAUUUUUUUUGGUGUGUGUCCUCACUGAGCAUUCAAAACUGUUUCUCCAAAGGUUUUUGCAAAAACUCAGACUGUUUUCCAAAGCAGAAGCACUGGAGUCCACAGCAGAAGCGAUGGGCAGUGUGCGGACCAACCGCUACAGCAUUGUGUCUUCGGAAGAAGACGGCAUGAAGCUGGCCACCAUGGCGGUUGCAAAUGGCUUUGGGAACGGGAAGAGCAAAGUCCACACCCGGCAGCAGUGCAGGAGCCGCUUCGUGAAGAAGGACGGGCACUGUAACGUUCAGUUCAUCAACGUGGGGGAGAAGGGACAACGGUACCUCGCGGACAUCUUCACCACGUGCGUGGACAUCCGCUGGCGGUGGAUGCUGGUUAUCUUCUGCCUGGCCUUCGUGCUCUCGUGGCUGUUUUUUGGCUGCGUGUUUUGGUUGAUAGCUCUGCUCCAUGGGGAUCUGGAUGCAACGAAGGAGAGCAAAGCUUGUGUGUCGGAGGUCAAGAGUUUCACGGCCGCCUUCCUCUUCUCCAUUGAGACCCAGACCACCAUAGGCUAUGGUUUCCGGUGCGUCACCGACGAAUGCCCGAUCGCUGUGUUCAUGGUGGUAUUCCAGUCCAUCGUGGGCUGCAUCAUCGAUGCCUUUAUCAUUGGCGCAGUCAUGGCCAAGAUGGCCAAACCCAAGAAGAGAAACGAGACUCUUGUCUUCAGUCACAAUGCCGUGAUCGCCAUGAGAGACGGCAAGCUGUGUCUGAUGUGGCGAGUGGGCAAUCUUCGGAAAAGCCACCUGGUGGAGGCUCACGUUCGAGCCCAGCUCCUCAAAUCCAGAAUUACUUCCGAAGGGGAGUACAUCCCCCUGGAUCAAAUAGAUAUCAACGUUGGGUUUGACAGUGGAAUUGACCGUAUAUUCCUGGUGUCCCCGAUCACCAUAGUCCAUGAAAUUGACGAAGACAGCCCUUUCUAUGACUUGAGUAAGCAGGACAUUGACAAUGCAGACUUUGAAAUUGUCGUGAUCCUGGAAGGCAUGGUGGAGGCCACGGCCAUGACCACCCAGUGCCGGAGCUCGUACCUGGCCAACGAAAUCCUCUGGGGCCACCGCUAUGAGCCUGUCCUCUUUGAGGAAAAACAUUACUACAAAGUGGACUAUUCAAGGUUCCACAAGACUUACGAAGUACCCAACACGCCCCUUUGCAGCGCCAGAGACUUAGCAGAAAAGAAAUAUAUCCUCUCCAAUGCAAAUUCAUUUUGCUAUGAAAAUGAAGUUGCCCUCACGAGCAAAGAGGAAGAUGACAGUGACAAUGGCGUUCCGGAAAGCACAAGUACGGACACGCCCCCUGACCUAGACCUUCACAACCAGGCAAGCGUACCUCUAGAGCCCAGGCCCUUACGGCGAGAAUCAGAGAUAUGACUGACCGAUUCCUUCUCCGGAAUAGUUAUGUUCAAACACAGUCUGUUGGUCAAAGGCCCCAAACAGUGAUUCAGACGACGGUACUGGCGAAGAGGUGGGUCAAGGCAAGUGGCCACCAGGGACUGAGGCUAGCCUGAUGGUUCCAGAGGCAGACUCUCAGCUCAGAGAUGGACGGAACGCACUCAACACGCCUCCCCAUGACCCGACGGCACAUGGACAUGUUGUAGAAUAAGUUAUGGGGUGUUUCUGUUUUGUGUUUUUAUAAGACUUGAACUUGCAGGCAAGCCUUGGUUGGGUAUUUGACUUAUCCAGAAUGCGUCUCUUUAGGGAACAAGAAUGUUUUUAAUGGCAUAACAAAGGCAAGACUCUCUGCCUUAAUCUCGAAAAGCUGCUAACUACAUGAACACAAAUUGUAUUUUUGUUGCAGUGUAGUUUUUCUAUAGUGUAAUUUAAAAGUCAGUAUUGAACUUGGUUGAAAGCUCAUGAUAUGCGCUUCAAAGUGCCAAAACAAGAGCCUGAUUUUUUGAGGCCAGUAAUUUGUUUGCUAGAAUUGAUUUUUUUUUUCUCUCUCUCUCUCUCCUCUGGUUACAUAAGGGCAUUAUGUAACGCUAGCCAAAUGGUAGCCUCCGGGUUGGUAUUUUAUUUUUUUUCUUCAUGAUGUUAAUGGGUUAUCUCAAAUUUUAAGUCGGACUACCUAAAAUGAAUACCAAAGAUAAUGCACAUUUUUGCACAGUGGAGCUUAUACUAAAAAGGAAGGAAAGCUCCAGAGCUGCCUUGAAAUCAACAGACAAUGACUUUGAACCUCAGCGAGACCUUGAACUGCCCUCUAGAAAAAUAGGACAUCAUACACAUAGAGUCUAGGGAGUGUAGUACUUUUAAAAUGUUGUUCUUUCGUGUGGGUUUUUUAUUAAAGGAAGAAGAAGAAAGGGAAAGGGAAGUUCUCACACAGACACACACACUAAACAUCUUUUCUCUCCUGUGAGGUAGUGCUGGCCAAGCUAAUGCGUAAGGUGAGAGAUGGUGCCAUGCUCUGAGGUUGCUCCAGGUUUCCCCUGUUUGCACAUUCCAAGAUUGAUUCCAUAAAAUAAGACCUUGGUUGAAUGUAGUAGGCAUUCUCAAAACUGAGCCGCCCAACAUGGAAGGCAAAUUAAAUUAAACCCUUGCGGUUGAAUUCCCCUCCCCGACUCCCAGGAAGGUGCCAGAUGGACUUUGCCCCACCAGCAGCCUCCUGCAUGGUCCCUCCUGACCAGUCUGUGUGGAGUGAGUCCCGCAGCAUCUGAGAGGGCUGCGAAGGCCGAGGCCAAGGUGUGGAUGAGCCUCUGCGGAUGUAGCACAUCAGCUCAAGUAUCCAAGAGGGAGAGGAACAUGGCUUUAUAUUAACGAUAGAGGGUAGGGAUGAAAAUGUCUCAGUAUUUUAGGGCCACCAAGAGCCAUACAAAAUAGAACACGGUCACGAGUAAGGGAGAUAAUGGUCUAAAGCAGUGGUUCUCAACCUUCUGGCCCUUUAAAUACAGUUCCUCAUGUUGUGACCCAACC